AAUGGCUUUUACAGGCGAUGCCCUUUUAAUUAGAGGAUGUGGAAGAACAGAUUUUCAACAAGGCAAUCCUCAUACACUUUACAAUUCAGUGCAUAAACAAAUUUUAAGUCUUCCUUCUGAUUAUUUAUUGUUCCCUGCUCAUGACAAAUCAAUGCCAGCUAAUUUGGUAUGCGGUAUUUAUGAUUUAAUGGAUGAAAAUUUGAGAGAACAGGUUUUUACAGAAAAGGAAAAUAAGUAA